GAAAUGUUUGCAUGGUCCCAAAUAGUGCCAUUUUUACUUUGGUCGACGUAGACGUCAACAGAACAUCCGGUGGUUCAUGAUAUAUCGGCCACAGAUCUAUAAUGGUAAAUCCAAUGCUAUACCAGACUCAUCCGAACACAGUAUCGCAAAUCCUGCUGAGAUACAUUUUUUGUGCUUCCAAACCAAGUCAUAUAUAUUAUGAGCAUCUGGGGGCACCAGGUCCAUGGUAUGCAAAGAGGAUAGGGAAGAGCUUGUGGAAAAUGUUUUGCAACUCGAUGCUAUGUUUUACUCUGAGCUCAGCGCUUAAUACCAAAAUUUUUACAAAAGAAGUUCUUGUUACAUCCAUCAGUUAUAAUCAAUAGGCUGCCAUAUUGAUUUCAAACCUGUUUCCAUCAAUCAAUGGCAAAAAUUCUAGAUCAAUUGUUAAAACUUCCAGAUGAAUCGUCUC